AUGUCUACCUUUGGCUAUAGAAGAGAACUUAGUAAGUAUGAAGACAUCGAUGAAGAUGAGCUCCUCGCUUCUCUCACUGAAGAGGAGCUGAAGGAGCUGGAGCGGGAGCUGGAGGACAUAGAGCCUGACCGUAACCUUCCUGUGGGUCAACGGCAGAAGAGCCUGACGGAGAAAACGCCGACAGGGACUUUCAGCCGGGAAGCACUGAUGGCCUAUUGGGAGAAUGAGACCAGGAAACUCCUAGAAAAAGAGAGGCUGGGUGCAAGCGACAAGCAAGAGGACAACAAUUCAGAAGACAUUCAAGAAGAAUAUUUCACAGAAACCAAUAGUGAAGUGUCUGAGGAGGCAUAUACUGAAGAGGAUGAUGACGAAGAAGAAGAGGAGGAGGAAAGUGAAGAUAGCAGUGAUGAUGAAGAUGAUGAAAAGGAAAAUGCUGCAGCUGGUGAAAGACCUGAGCAUGGCAAGAGUUCUGACCACGUCAGAUGCAGAAAGCGUCAUGGUGCAAAGGGCGAUGAAAACUUACUCAAUGGCCAUGAUGGAAGAGACACUGAUAACCUGAGUUUGAAAAGCAGUGCCAUUCACCCCUGUGGAAAUCCAACAGUUAUUGAGGAUGCUUUGGAAAAAGUUAGGAACAAUGACCCUGACACCACAGAGGUCAACCUGAACAACAUUGAAAACAUCACUUCACAGAUGCUUAUACAAUUUUCUCAAGCCCUGAGGGACAACACAGUGGUAAAGUCAUUCAGCUUGGCUAACACCCAUGCUGAUGACAGCGUUGCAAUAGCUAUUGCUGGUAUGUUAAAGGUAAAUCAGUAUAUCACUAGUCUGAACAUUGAGUCAAAUUUUAUCACAGGCAAAGGAGUGCUGGCCAUCAUGAGAGCUUUGCAGAGCAACAGUGUGCUAACAGAACUGCGAUUUCACAAUCAAAGACACAUCAUGGGCAGCCAGGUGGAAAUGGACAUAGUAAAACUGUUGAAAGAGAACACCACUCUGGUCAAGCUUGGGUAUCACUUUGACCUUGCUGGGCCAAGAAUGAGCAUGACAAGUAUCUUGACAAGAAACAUGGAUAAACAAAGGCAAAAGCGUAUGCAGGAGCAGCGGCAACAAGACUCUGGCUGUGAUGGAGCCAUCAAUCCAAAGACCAAAGUCUUGCAGAAAGGGACACCUCGGUCCUCACCUUAUGUGUCCCCCAAGAGCUCACCUUGGUCCUCUCCAAAGCUCCCUAAGAAAGUCCCACAAGUGAAAAGUCAGCCUUCAGCUCCUGCACCCCCACCUCCCCCUCCCCCCCCACCUCCUCCUCCUCCCCCUCCCCCACUUAUUCCAGAGAAGAAGGCACCAACCAGGAAUAUAGCUGAAGUCAUCAAACAGCAAGAAAGAGCAAGAAAAGCCUUACAGAACGGACAGAAAAAGAAAAAAGGCAAAAAAGGCAAAAAAGAUGAGAACAGCAUAUUGAAAGAAAUUAAAAAUUCUCUAAAAUCAGUCUCAGACAGAAAAUCAGAGGAAGGUUCACAACCCUCCACCCGUCCCUCCACCCCACAAAGGUCUCUCCAUGACAACCUUAUGGAAGCAAUUCGGGCAAGCAGCAUAAAGCAAUUAAGGCGGGUGGAAGUGCCAGAAGCCCUUCGGUGA